GGAAAACCCAAAUGAUAAAUUAUUCACAAUCAACUGGUGCUUUCGCCAUUCUGUAAGGCAUUGGAACAAGCAAGCGCAAUAUAAUUUCAAUAUUCUUCCGUGAAACUAUAAAACGGGUGAAUCCUAUUCAAGUGGUGUAACUUUGCACAGACAUGGAAGACAAAGGCAAGGAGACAAGCGAAAAUAAAGAAGCUAUGCGUGAAAAGUGUGUGAUAUUCUGCGCACUUAAACCUAAAUUGAUUUACAACGCUCUUCUAGUGGCCAUCCUUAUUAUAUACGGCGUUUUUGGCGGGUUUGUUUUCAAGUCUUUUGAAGCGUCUUCCAUAGAAGCAGCAAAGGAAAGUCAAGUCACUGCGAAGCAAACCUUUCUUAAUAGAGAGGAUUUCCUGCAAUUAAUAUGGCAAGAUAACAACCACAACGAUGCUCUCACGUACGAAGAGUGGGCGAAGCAAGCAAACGAGAAGCUAGACGAAUACGAGGCGGGAAUUAGGAAAAGCGAACAGAGCGAGCCGGACCCUGUUGUCAACUGGAGCUUAGCAGAUUCUUGGCUGUUUGCUUGUACCGUGUUCACAACUGUUGGGUAUGGUAACAUAGCACCGUUGACCAUCAAGGGCCGCGUGUUCUGCAUGCUGUACGGAGCUGUUGGGAUUCCUUUGUUUUCUGUCGUAGCUGGAAGUCUCGCAUCGUUCGUCACGGAGAUAAUACGCGCACUGCAUAAAGAGUACCACAGGCGCAAACGCCAUGAGUCAGCGGCAAUGCACAAAAAAGAUGACGUCAUCGCACCAGAUGAACCAGUCCCAGAGCUAGAAAUCAAACUAAAGCACGUGGCGGUCGUUGUGGCGGGAUACCUGUGUAUUGGAGCCGUUUUGUUCUGUAUUUGUGAGGGCUGGAGUCUGUUCGAGUCCUUCUAUUAUUGCUUUAUCACGCUGAGCACUGUAGGUCUGGGUGACUAUGUACCUCAACACAUCCACCACACCUUGCCAUUUGGAGCCUUUAUACUAGUGGGGCUAGUACUGGUGGUAAUGCUAUUUGGUUCACUGGAGGAAGUGAUCACAAGACAACUUGAGAAAGUGAAGAGGGUGAUUGGUGUAAAGGAAGAGUAAACAAGCGGCAAACAACAAAUACGCAGAAUCAGCCAAUUGCUAUAAUGGCUAAAUAAGUUUCACAAGGCUUAUGUGACAAAGGUUUAUGUGACAAAGGUUUAUGUGACAAAGUGUGUGACAAAGGCUUAUGUGACAAAGUGUGUGACAAAAGCUUAUGUGACAAAGGCUUAUGUGACAAAGGCUUAUUUGACAAUGGCUUAUGUGACAAAGGCUUAUGUGACAAAGUGUGUGACAAAGGCUUAUGUGACAAAGUGUGUGACAAAGGCUUAUGUAUCAUCUUAAAGAACCAAGGCCACCAUGUGCGAUCUACACCAUGUGUCGCCAAGGACUACUAACUAAAAAUUAAAAUCCCAAACAACAAAGUACUUUUUGGCAUCUGCCAGUCAAACAAAUUUAACUAUUUUCACCGACCUGCAUUUUAAUGGCUUUCAACAAGCCAUCACACAAUAAAUAAAUCCAAUAAAUUCACCAAACCGAGACUACAAAAUGUGUUCCAUCAAAAUUUUAAACUAGAUUGACAAAAGUGGAUUAAUCAUUUCUGGAAUCGUUGGUAAGAGUUAUCAGUGUACUUAAAAUUGCAGUAACAAAAUAAAGUAGAAUUUCAAUUUUAAUUAUUUUAACUUUAAUUAUUAAACUUUCUUUUGAAACUU